CAGGAAACAGAAGCAGAAUUUCCCCCUAUCGUAACUAUUGCUUUCGCACGAAGCAAAUCUUUCACUCGAUUGGACAUCAGAGACUGGCAAAACUGGACUCGGCCUUGGUCAGGGGUCCUAAUUCCGACAUUUGUCUAAUUGCGGGAGGACUCAACGCAAUGGAGCCAGCCUUCGGGGAGGUGAACCAGCUAGGCGGCGUUUUUGUCAACGGAAGACCGCUACCUAACGCUAUACGGCUGCGGAUCGUGGAGCUUGCCCAGUUGGGUAUCAGGCCUUGUGAUAUCAGCAGACAACUCCGGGUAUCCCAUGGCUGCGUUAGCAAGAUCCUGGCCCGGUACAACGAGACUGGCUCCAUCCUUCCCGGAGCAAUCGGAGGCAGCAAGCCGAGGGUCACCACACCAACUGUCGUUAAACACAUUCGGACUUACAAGCAAAGAGACCCGGGUAUUUUCGCCUGGGAGAUCCGGGACAGACUCUUGGCUGAUGGGGUGUGCGAUAAAUUCAACCUUCCUUCGGUGAGCUCCAUCAGUCGGAUUCUCCGCAACAAAAUAGGGAACCUAUCUCAACAAAGCCAGUAUGAGUCGAGUAAACAAACGCCUCAUCCCCAAACACAACCGACAUUAUCAUACAACCAUAUCUACUCAUAUCCAACCCCCAUCGCAGCCACGGGGACCAAAGUACCAACACCCCCAGGAAUGCCAACUCUGCCCGGACACAUGGCAAUGCACAGGAUAUGGCCGUCAUCUCAUUCUGUCACAGACAUACUUGGCAUUCGGUCCAUAACGGAACAACAGAUAAGUGACAGUCCUUCGUUUCCCAGCGCCAAACUAGAGGAAUGGAACACUAUAAACAGGAGUAAUUUUCCGCCAAGCAACGCUCUACUAGUCAAUGGAGUGGAUAAGGCCCACUUAGACUCCGAAUUCACACAGACGCCGAGUGGCUUGCCCACAGCGAGCAGCUAUGUCACAGUGCCCAGCACCCCUCGCUGCCACCCAACCACCCCAGCGUCACCCUACACGGCGUGCAGCGCCACCACGUCGGCCUAUGCGACCGGCCCCACAUGGCCGCCGCCCAAUGGCAGUGCUCCCUGUCCCCGCAGCUGUGACGCCAGCCUGGUGGCCGUCCCCCUGGCCCUCAAGACCUUCAACACCACCACCAGCAGCAGCACCAUGGCAAUGAUGGCGGCCGGUCGAGACCACUACCACCACGACCACUACCACGCCACGCAGCAGCACCUCAACCACCCCCAUCACCACUCACACCACCUCCACCAUCCGCUCACCACCGCUCUCGCGCGCUGACAACGGAGGAAGCUAGGAGGGGGCAUCAGAGGAGAGCAGAAGAGGAGGAGGAAGAGGGGGAGGAGGAGGAGGAGGAAGAGCAGCGAGAGAGAGAUGGAGCGGGAAGGGGUUAAGGACAUGGUGCCGAUCACAUCGAAAAAGCUGCAGUGUCCUCCUCCUCACGUCACAGACGGCAGACAGAAUGGCAACCGCCUAGACUGUGGAGCACGUUGCUGGUCGGUCAGUGGGUUUAUUUAUAAGAUAUUUGGGGGGUGGGGAGGUGAGAUAAGAGCGGCACACCACUGGUUUGGCGGCUAGUGUGCUGGGUCAGUAACGCGGAAGGAGUCGGACCGUUGUCGCCCCUGCAGCUAAAAAGGCGACAGGACCACGGGUCCUUCUUGUUUCGUAAAGGCGCAGACAGGCUGUGCUUUCUGACACUUACGAGGGACAAUGGACAGCCUCAUGAAAUGGUCUGCCAUUUCUUUUUUUUUAAUUAUGCCAGUCUUGUUUUUGUUGUUGUAAACUUUGUUUGUUGUCCUCUUGUCUCUGCAAAUGGUUUUAUCUGGAAAUUAGUGGAAGUUUUGAGUACUUACAUUUUUACAGGUAGUAUAUAUCGACAACAAUGGUCAUGUUUGCAUUUUUUUUCACACGUUUUCAGGGUUGUGUUGAACAGUUUGCUUGUGUUUUCAGUCAUUUUUUUUGGCUUUUGUUUGUUACUUUUUGUUAGAGAAAAAGGCAAGCGAAAACAGCCAAUUUACUCUACACCUUUAAAAUGAAGAGUUCGAAUGGAGAGUGCCUCUGUCAGAAGUUUUAUGCUCCUUAUUUAUUAUUAGACUGUAUGGUACGUCGAACACAGUGCAAUGACCACCAUCGAGAGACGCUGCCUCAGAUGCAUGCUGGGAAUUAUUUGUUUAAAAAAAAAAACGCGUGACCAGGUUUUUUUUUUUUUUUGUUCUUGUUCAACCCUUUGUGUGUCAAGCUACAGCGCGGGCAGUAAAAAAAAGAAAGAAUCUGCACAGUUCGGAUGUUGCACAGUUAAAACUGAAUGUAUCUGAUUAAAAGGAUGUGUGACAGAAAAGAAAUGUACAA